UUUUGGUUAUUCAACGAAAGUGCGCGAACGUGCGGAAUGUUAGAAAAAAAAUAGUGAGCAGCGGCGCGUUUAAUGUUAAAAAUGAGUUCUUCGAAGUCACGUAAGAAAACGUACACAGAAGAAGAUUUAGAGAAAGCCUUAAAUGAAAUUAAAGGGAAGAAGAAAUCUGUAAGACAAAUAUGUAAGGAAUUUUCUAUUCCUAAGACAACAAUAUUGGACAAAAUCAGUGGCCGUAGACCAGGUGGAGUUAAGAAACCUGGACCAAGACCAACUCUAGGAGUAAAUGGCGAAAAAAAGGUAGUUGAAUGGCUGCUUAAUAUUUCUAAAUGUGGAUUUCCAGUGAAAAAACAGGAAUUGUUGCAAACUAUUGAAAAAAUAAUUCAUGAAGGGGAAAUUAAAAAUAAUUUUAAAGAUAAUCGUCCAGGUGAAAAAUGGUUUAAAAAAUUUUUGGCUAGAAACAAAGUAAUUUCACUAAAAAAUGCGGAGGGAAUAAAUAAAGCCAGAGCUCAAGUAACAGAACAGUCUAUAAGACUGUGGUUUAGACAAUUAGAAGAAUAUUUGGAGAGUAUAAACCAAAAAGAAAUAUUGAGUGAACCGAUGAGAAUUUUCAAUGGAGACGAAAGUGGUUUUGCUCUUUGUCCAAAGACAGGAAAAGUUAUAGGCCCGAGAGGGUUCAAAAACUUAUACCAAAUAAAGCCUAAUAAUGAAAAAGAAAACAUAACGGUAUUAUUAACUUUUAAUGCGAAUGGAGAUAUGUGUCCACCUUGUGUGGUGUUUCCAUACAUUCGACCACCAAAAGCUGUAGUGGAUAGUAUGCCGCAAGAAUGGUGCUUAGGCAAAUCGGAGACAGGUUGGAUGAGAGGAGAAAUAUUUUUUGAAUACAUAACUAACGAGUUUAACAGCUGGAUAGUGGACAAUAACAUCAAAAAACCAGUGCUACUGCUAGUAGAUGGGCAUAAAUCGCAUAUGUCAUUAGCGCUAAGUACUAUGUGUGAAAAACUGCAAAUUAUUUUGUAUGCUCUUCCACCCAACACUACCCAUAUUUUACAGCCAGCUGAUGUUAGCGUAUUUGCACCGGUAAAAACAUAUUGGAAAUCAACAGUCCGCAAAUUCCUAUCAAAACCAGAAAAUUUUAAUUCUGCUGUCACAAAAACAAAUUUUUGCACAUUGUUAAAUGAUGUAUUGAAACAUCCUAACAUGUCUGACAACAUAAAAAAUGGGUUUAAGCGCUGUGGUCUUUACCCAUUCGAUGCAAAUAGUCCAGAUUACACUAAAUGUGUAAGAAAUACUUUGGAAAAUGUUCAGGCUGCUUGUCAACAGUCACACGAUGUUACUCAUUCAGAUAUAAAAUGUUUUAAAAAAGUUUUAAAAGUCCUGAAGCCGACCCUAAAAGAUAAAAAAAAUUGACAUACGGCCUAUUACGAAAGCAGUCAAUACGUUGAAAAAGUCUCUCUCUGCAGAAGUAGGAUUUGCCGAGAUCUCAAUCGAAACUGAAUCUGAUAGGUCGCAUAAGGAACUUUCAAAAGAUAGAAAUAGUUCUAUUGAUUGCGAAUUGGAUGCAACCAAAGAAUUAACCAUCUCUUCACUACGCGAAGAAGUUGAGAAUAAAAAUAAUGAAGCUAACUCCAAUCCUAUAGUACAGGUCCAAACAGUAUCAGCCCAAAUACAUUCUACACCCAAACAGUUUACACAAAUAACCACAAAAAACAGUAAUAUAGCAACAGUAUCAUCCAAAAUUGAAUACAACGAAAUUAUAGAAUACCAAGGUAAUUCUGCAACUAUUGAUAGUAACAAAAAAGAUUUGUUCCCUAACUUAUCUCUUUCGACAUUACAUCUUUCGGACAGUUACUUUGACGUCGGCUCUAUCGUGUCCUUAGACGACGUCCUUAUUCUACCGUUACAAGAUAUUGCAUCCACGUCAAAUACAGAAGAAAUAAUAGAAACACCUUUGAAUUCUACAAUCUAUACAGCCAAAUGUUUAUCUUCAGAAACGUCCCCUUCAGCCUUUUAUACAGCGAACAACAAACAACCAUGUUUAGCAGUGGUUGGAGAAUUAAAUCAAAAUAAAAACACUGAUCCAUUUAAGAACCACCUGAUGUUGCCAGAUAUUUCUAAUAAACAAAGAAAAAUUAAUCAAAGAACACCAGCAGCAAUAUCUUCUUUUGCAUGGAGAAAGUAUUAUGAAGACAAAGAAAACAUUAAGAACGAAAAACAGGAAGCAAUACGAAAAAGAAAGUUAGAACGAACAGAGAGAAAUGAAAAAAAAAAAUCUUUCCAAAACUCUCAAACGCUUCGUAGAACUGCUCCAAAACGAAAAAAGAAGAUAAAUCAAAAAGAUACACAAGAGACGUUUGAGAAAGGAAAUUUACCAGCUGUAAAUCGAUUGAAAUGUCCUGAAUGUGACGAUGAACUAAUUUCAGAUGUAGAAGACGACAAUGAGAAAAAUAUUGGCUGUGACAAGUGUGAUAGGUGGUAUCAUCUGAAAUGCACGCGAUUUGUGGGAUUGAGUUAUUUGGAGGUCAAAGAUACGUCUUUUGAAUGUGACUAUCAUUAGGUAAAAUUCUGAGGCUAUAAUAAUCAUAUCUUGUCUCAUCAUUAGUUAUAAGAUUCAGUAUUUCUUUUAGUAAUAGGAUUAAAAAAAUAUUGUACUGGUUAAUAAUUGCUAUGCCAAAAAAUUUUCAUAAAUCAAGACUCAUCAAAAUCUCUUAAAUGAUUAUAAUAUUCCUUGUGAUUUUAGAGUAAGCUUCAGAACUGAUUAUUAUUGAAUUUUAAAUGGACAAUUAUCAUUUAUUUAAAUGC